AUGAUCACUCUGUAUUAUUUUUCUUCUGAUGCUUAUUGCGGAAUUCAGGAAGAUAUGCUAAUCCUUGCAAAAUUUGUCAUAAGCUUUUUCUGUUUACGAAAUCAACAAAAGUUGCUUAUGAACAUCACAAGUCUUUCUGAUACCUGGAAAACUACAUUUGCUCUCAGAUGA